AUGUGUAUUGAUUAUCGCCAGUUGAAUAAGGUUACAGUGAAGAACAGGUAUCCAUUGCUAUGCAUUGAUGACCUAUCUGAUCAGCUACAGGGUGCGAGAGUGUUCUCCAAGAUUGAGUUGCAUUCAGGCUAUCAUCAGUUGAAGAUUCAGGAGCCAAAUAUCCCGAAGACUGCCUUCAGGACUUGGUAUGGUCAUUACGAGUUCCUUGUGAUGUCAUUUGGGCUGACCAAAGCCCCAGCAACAUUCAUGCACUUGAUUAACAAUGUAUUCCGGCCCUAUCUUGACUCAUUCGUCAUUGUGUUUAUUGACGACAUUAUGGUGUACUCCCGAAACUGGGAGGAUCAUGAGUAG